AUCACGUGACGAUCGAUUGGUGCCAAGCAAUAUCCUUCGAACGUUCCAUAAAUACAGAGAUAUUAAAUUGAAGCACAACAACUGAAAAUAUUAAAAGAUUAUAAAAAUGGGACGUAAAGUUACUUUAGCAACUUGUACAUUGAACCAAUGGGCAAUGGAUUUUGAAGGAAAUUACAACAGAAUAUUAGAAAGUAUAAAAAAGGCAAAAGAGGCGGGAGCAACGUAUCGUCUUGGACCAGAGUUGGAAAUUCCUGGUUAUGGAUGCGCUGAUCAUUUUUAUGAGAGCGAUACAUUUCUACAUUCUUGGCAGGUUUUAGCCAAGCUCCUAAACUCUCCUGAUUGUCAAGACAUCAUUUGUGAUGUUGGAAUCAAGGAAAACAAUGCGGAGAAUAAUUUAGUAGUUAAUUUCCGUUAUUGA